AUGCACGGAGACUCUAGCUCGACCCAAUUUUACGCAACAGGCCACGGAGUGGACAUGUACUCAGUGUCUUCCAGCCUGAGAGACGCGUCUAAUCAACGAGCCCCUGGAUCAGAGUCAGGGAAAGGUAUGUGGAAAGCGCAGCCAACGCCUAUACCUGUUCCGAGCAAUUCAAAGAGGUCUCUCGGAAACCCAAACCCAUUCGCCGGUGGCAGGAUGAAAGACACGCUGAGCAACAAGCCGCACACCAGCGGGAAUCACACUGCCUCCAAGACUCCCCUCGGCAACCAAGGGGGCGUCACGGGUCAGCGAGGCAUAAGGCGGCCUCGGACCCAUGGAAGGUACUCUCCGAGCAUGUACCAGCCGAAGAAUCCGAGCGCACUCAAGCCUGUCAUUGACAUCGACGACGAAGAUACCGGCGAGCCGGUCGCACGAAAGGCGCGUACGGAGAGUCCUGACGAGAUUGGUUUGUUCCCCGACGAGCCAAGCCACUCCCGCCGUAGCUCGGCGACAUCCAGCUCGUCUGCCCGGAAUCCCCUGCCCUUUCGACCUGUCGUGCAGCGGCCCAAGUGGACCCUGCCUCAAGAUGGUGACGCAACGCAACGCUUGGAGAAGAGACGAGUAAAACGGACGACGAGAGCCAGUCCGUCCGAAAUUAUUGAAGUUGUCGACGACGAGCCCGUAGACGGCGGUGCUCUACCAGUGGAAAUCGAUAGCUCGGACCCACCCGAUGAUCACGCAGGAGAAGGAUUAUUGCCCCUACGACCGAGCAUUGCAUACCGCCGCCAAGCGUCUCCUACGUCCAAUGGUCCUUUAUUCUCACAACCGCAGCUCUCGAUAUUGAACAUCGCAAAGGGCAAGGUGGCAGAAGAAGUGUCCCGCAUCGAGAGCUCACAGGAGUUUGACCCUAAGCAGAUCAUCCGGCAGAUCAGCAACGAGCGUACGGCCGCCAUACCAAACCAGGUCAAGAUGAUCGACCUCAGAACCAAGGUGAGCGCUCCGGCAGAAGGAUUGAAGAACAGGAUGAAGCCCAAAACACCGACAUUACAGCCAGACCCGCUAUUGCAGUCCUCUGGCUAUCAGUCGUUGGCAAGCACUAGCAAGGAAGAAGUUCCUCCUAGGUCAAGGGCGCAGGCAGCGAAAGCUAUGUCGUCGUCAUCGCCGAUCCUUCUGCCUCUCGAGGCUUGGGUUCUCGGUAGGCAACUAGUCCAGGAUUAUGGCCACGAGUAUUGGAUCAGCUUCGACGGUCAGAAGUUGGAAGUCAAAUCCCCGGUGGAGAGCCGGCAAGCUAAGCUCUCGAUACGCGUGAGCGACGGACUAGGGGCUGUGACGUGCUCAGCUCACCCCUUAGACCCCAAUAAUCCGGUUGUCAUGAAAAUGCAAACUGGUAAGGCCAAGCGAAAAGACAAAGAAUUAAAUUUAGGGCCUUUCAGGCAUGGUGCACAUGGGUUAGACGGUACAUUGACCUUCAUGUUCCAGAGGAAACAUCCAAACUGGGACGAUGGGAAGCCUUACGAGAAACUGAUCGCUCAAAUCGAGAAAGUGGCUUCGACCUGCGAAUUCGUGACUCUGUCCGCGUCAACAAAGAUUUGGGAACUAGCAACAUUUAACCAUCAAGAGGAUGACGAAUCAGACGGCAAGCUUGAUGAUUGGUUGCUUGGACCAACCACCGUAAACCACGACAGUCCAGGACGGUCCCGUUCAAGAGUACCCCCACGCGCCGAUGAUGAGGACGAUAAUCAGCUAAGACUUUCCAGUUACGUACCUAGACGUGCUACUGUGGACAGAGAUACUUUACACGCCCAGUCGUCGACGCGAUCAUCACGGAGAACAGCUCGACGAGGGCAUAGAGAGGGUUUGCGCGAAGAAAGUCCAGGCAAUUCGCCCGUGCUGGAUGCAGAUGAAUUAGUGCUAGUUUAUCCUCCUUCUAGCGCUGGCGCUAUCAACGUCACUCGAGGCGAUCUGAAGCGGCUAGAGCCAGGGCAAUACCUCAAUGACACGCUCAUAGAAUUUGGUCUCAAGCUCUGGCUUAAUGAUUAUCGCGAGGAGAAUCCUGAAUUGGCGGAUCAAGUGCAUGUCUUCAGCUCGUUUUUUUACAAGAAGUUGAAUGUGAAAGAUGGUACUUUUAGCAAACAAAUGGGAUACCAGAGUGUGCGCAAAUGGACGUCGAAGUUCGACUUGUUCAAAAAGAAGUAUAUUAUUGUACCCAUCAACGAACAUCUACAUUGGUACCUGGCAAUUAUCUGCAAUCCAGAAUACAUCUUGCAAACACCGCCCACGCCACCUCCCAAGGUCGGACCUUCAGUACUGACGCGCAAGCGCAAGCGCGAGGAAGACGUCGGGCCCGUUGAGAUACCAGAUAUUGACGACACGCCACGAGCACCCACAGCAGACACGAGGGAGACGACUCCAGCACGCUCUCGAACCGGGGAUGAAGCCGAGGAGAACAGUGUCGAGGAGCUGCUGAACGACUGUGCGAUCUCGCCACCGGAGGAGCCUCAGGAGACAUCUCUAUUCAACGACGACCCUGCCAGUGGACUGAUGUAUCCGCCAUCGGAGUCGGAUUCACGGAUGGACGUAGACGCGGAGCGGCAUCCGGAAGUCGUCGACAUCAACUCGGUAGCAGCAACGAUGGCCCCGACGCUCGAUGAGCAGUCAGUGGACGAGGGUGACCUGCUCACCGAGGACGACCGCCCCGACAUCGUUGAGAUAGACGAUCUACCGAUGGAAGUGGACGCUGCGAACAUCGCUGCCACCGUGGCUGUACCCGCCACGCGAUUCUAUUCGUCUGCUUCGAAGAAGGGGAAGGAAAGGGCUAUGUCACCUGCAGUUCCUCAUCCGUCGGAGCUAGAUAACGAGGAAGUUGAGGUCGAGAUCGAGAAGGAGGACCCCCCGGAGCCGGAGUCGCGCGAUACCAAUCCAAACAAGACCUGGAUAUUCACCUUCGAUUCCUUGGGAUCGAAACAUCCUGCAGCGGCUAACAACUUGGCGCUCUACCUGCAACUGGAGGCGCAGGACAAGAAAGGCAUUAGCCCCGCGAAUACCACACCGCCUGGGAGGAAGCACGCUCUUGUUCCCGCACAACCUAACUUCUGCGACUGCGGCGUAUAUCUCAUACACUUUGUGCGAGCCUUCAUGAAAGACCCCAGGCGUGCCACGGAAAUCAUUCUUAACAAGAAACCCAAGGAGUACUCCUCGAGAGAGCGCGAGCAGGAUUGGGACGCUGAGGCUGUCAUCAACUUCCGCAACGAGCUUAUGGCGACUGCAGAGAGCCUGUCCGAUGUCUGGAAGAAAGAGAAGGCCACGCGAGAGGAGCAGAAGCGCAAAGAAGCUGAGGCGGUACCGUCUGGCGCGACCUCCGAAGCUGCGGCCGACGACUCGGACGACGAGAUCAUCAUCGGAGAGGUUAUUAGCAAGCCAAAGCCGGCUAGCACCAGAGGCAAGGGUAAGGCAAAAGCUCCCGCCUCUGCGGCUACAGAGGAGACCAAGGCGGACCGUCUGAGGUGA